GGCGGGCGGCUGCGUCGGGCUGCAGGAGAAGAUGGCGGUCUCCACAGGAGUGAAAGUUCCUCGUAAUUUUCGUUUGUUGGAAGAACUUGAAGAAGGACAAAAAGGAGUAGGCGAUGGUAUGGUUAGGUGGGGCCUUGAAGAUGAUGAAGAUAUGACACUUACAAGGUGGACAGGAAUGAUUAUUGGACCACCAAGGACAAAUUAUGAAAACAGAAUAUAUAGCCUAAAAGUAGAAUGUGGAUCUAAAUAUCCAGAAGCUCCUCCAUCAGUUAGAUUUGUAACAAAAAUUAAUAUGAAUGGAAUAAAUAAUUCCAGUGGAAUGGUGGAUGCACGAAGCAUACCAGUGUUAGCAAAAUGGCAAAAUUCAUAUAGCAUUAAAGUUGUACUUCAAGAAUUAAGACGUCUAAUGAUGUCCAAAGAAAAUAUGAAGCUUCCACAACCACCAGAAGGACAGACGUACAACAAUUAAUUUUAGUGAAUCUCAAACUUGUCUUAACAACCUUCUACUCAUGUUAAUGUCUUGAUUAAGUAUCACAAUGCAAAAUACCCACACAUUAAGUCAAAGAAUUCCAGCUGGUAAACAUGACCUGGACAGUUGUAAGAAUACACUUAGUAUAUGUACACGCAUUAUGUUUUCAGGUCACAGGAAGAAAAAUGCAGCACAUUCUUCUUACCAAGACACUUGUCAUUUAAGCAUAAACCUGGAGUACUCAAAAUAGAACUUGGGUUUACAAGACGGAAGCUUGCUGGAAAAGUGUCAGGUUGCUGUGGAAUGAUGUAUGUUUCUGAAAACCAAUCUCCAGGAGGAUGCCAUCAAGGGCAUGCUUUAUCCACCUUGCUUAGUGAGAGAGCUGCAGUUUAAAUUCUUUAAUGUAUCAGGUACAAUGAAUAUUAUUGUUAAUUUUUGAAUGCAGUGUGGGUGCUGACUAAUAUUAGUAUCAAAAAUAUGUUCAGAAUGGUUUUGAUACCUGUAUUUAUAAUAAAACAGUGGGGGAGUUGAUGAAUUUCUGUUAAAAGCCAUUUCUGUUGUUACAUAGAACAGACAUGGCAAAUAUUUGUUUACAGUCUUUGUUUGACAAACCAUGCAUUUGAUUUUAAGUGAAACCGACAAAAAAAUAGGUGUAUGGAUAUGUGAUUUUGAGAUGAAAGUCAGUCUUAAAUUGUAAAUAAAUGUGAAAAGUGUCUCAGA